AUUCAUAAUUUUGUUAGGUUUUGUGUUUUAUUGUAUGAAAUAUACGGUAAUUUAACUUCUUUUAAUUUGAAUAUGGUACCAAUUGCACCCUCUCGUCGACAAAUUUGUAUUCUAAUAGUUGAUAUGCUUGAAAAGAAUUAUACUCUAAAUUUUAUCAAUUUUGCGAUUUUGGCGUGAAUGUUGUGUUCAAUUUAUUUGUAUUCUUUAAUUUUCUCCUUUUCGGAUGGUAUCAUAACUAUUUUAGAUUAAUUAAUUCGAUUUUUGUAAAGGUUAAUUGAUUUUUUUUUUGGGUAUAAUCUAUUCUAUUUUUUUUAGGUAAAGUCUGUGAUAGUUAGUGUACUAUUCAAUUUCUUUAUUCAUAUUAGUUCUUUGCAUGCUCUGGUAAUUGAUCUAUUUGGUCUGAAUACAUGUAAACAAAUCAAUUGUAGGUAUGAUAUGCACAAGUUUCAGAUAUGUUGCUUAUAUACGAUGAUAUAUUGCUUCUGAUCAGUUUACUGCUUGGUAAAAUUGAUAUGCUUUUCUUAACUGAUAUCAUGCUUGCAUCCGCUGAAAUGUUGAUUCUGAGUAGUCUAAUGCUAGAUAAAAUUAAUUUGUUUUUUCUUAAGUGCUAUAUUGUUUGGAUGCGCUGAUAUAUGCUUAUGAUCAGUCUAAUGGGAUACGUGGGGAGGGGUUAUAUUUGAUGGGUGCAGAUUGACUUGGGUAUGACUACUAAGUAAUGAUUUUUUUUUUUUUAAUUUUAUUAUUAUUACUUAUCAUUUUUUUUAAAACUAGCUCUCUUCGGAUUCAUAGCUCUUCUUUCACAUGGAUACUCCGGAUGUUCAAAAGAGGUUAGAGUGGAUGAGGUGUGCUAAUAGGACAGACAAUCUAUAUAUAGAUGGAGUUAAUUCCUUUCUUCAAUUUGCUUUUGGUGACUUAGAAACAAAUAGUGAUUUAGGAGAGGAGGAAAAGAAGGUACCUUGCCCUUGUAAUCGAUGCAACAAUGGUCCACAUAAAACAAGGGACGAAAUUUACACCGACUUGAUAGUGAAUGGAAUCGUGCAAGGUUAUGUUUGUUGGAUCUAUCAUGGAGAAUUCAAACCCCCACAAAAGAAAAGUAGAAAUGAUUUGGGAGAUAGUGCUCAUGAUGAUAUAUUUAGAAUGAUCCAUGACAGGUUUAGUCCGGGAGUUUCUAAUAAUGAUGACAUAGAUGACAUGUUAGAUGAGGAGCAACAUCCUAAGGAGUUUGAUCAACCUAGAUAUAAAAAGGAUACAAAAAAGGCAAAAAUGUUUGAAAAUUUGAUGAGAGAAGCUCAACAAACUUUAUACCCCGGGUAAAAUGAAUUUUCUAAAUUGUCAUACAUUUUGAAGUUAUUCCAAAUCAAAUGUAUGGAUGGCAUGACUAAUAAAGCUUUUACUAGUAUGCUUCAUAUGUUCAAAAAUGCUUUGCCUAAAGGUGCUGAUUUGCCAUCAAAUUAUUAUGAAGCACGUAAGAUAAUUACUAAUCUUGGUUUCGAUUAUGAAAAAAUAGAAGCAUGUGAAAAUGAUUGUAUGCUAUUUUGGAAAGAGAAUGCUAACCUUGAAAAGUGUUCCAUAUGCGAUACUAAGCGUGAUAAAGCUUCUCCUAAAGUGUUACGCUAUUUCCCACUAACUUUGAGGUUGCAAAGGCUAUUCAUGUCGUCCAAAACAGCAAAUGAGAUGAGGUGGCACUCUUAUAAACGAGAAGAUGACGGAGUACUUAGAUACCCAGCAGAUAGUGAAGCUUGGAAGCAUUUAGAUAAAGAAUAUCCUACUUUUUCUGCAGAGACUCGUAACGUCAGGUUGGGUUUAGCAAGUGAUAGAUUCAAUCCAUUCGGCGGGCUUAGAAGUGACUAUAAUAUAUGGCCAGUAGUGGUUGCUGUUUACAAUCUCCCUCCAUGGAUGUGUAUGAAACAACCUUACACAAUACUAUCUUUGUUAAUUCCAGGGAAAAGUGGAUCGGGAAAUAACAUUGAUGUGUAUUUGCAACCAUUAAUCGAGGAGUUAAAAGAAUUGUGGGAAACUGGAGCUCUUCAGGUAAUGAGUACUUUCAAAUGCGUGCUUCAUUGUUAUGGACCAUAAAUGAUUUUCCUGCGUAUGCAAACUUAUCAGGGUGGUCUACCAAAGGCUAUAAAUCAUGUCCUCAUUGUAUGAAAGAAACUAGCUCUGCUCGGCUACCAAAUUAGGGGAAAUGUUGUUACAUGGACAAUCGUCAAUUUCUACCUACCGAUCAUAAAUGGAGAGAUAAUAAAUCCUUUAACGGGAAAGUAGAAAAAAGAGGUCCUCCUAGGAAAUUAUCUUCCAAUGAGAUUUUAGAACAACUAAAGGACCUUAAAGGCAUGAAAUUUGGUAAAACAAUGAAUUGCCAAAGAGGGAUGAUAAUUGGAAGAAGAAAAGCAUUUUUUUUGAAUUGCCAUAUUGGAGUAACCUCUUACUUCGUCACAAUCUUGAUGUCAUGCAUAUUGAAAAAAAUGUGCUUGAUAAUAUUCUUGGUACAUUGCUAGAUAUUGUUGGGAAGUCAAAAGACAAUCUAAAGGCUAGACAUGAUUUAAAGCAUUUGAAGGUUAUGAAACAUCUUGCUCCUACAUUAUGAGAUGGAAAGUGGCAUAUUCCUCCGGCACUAUACACCUUGUCUAAGGCACAAAAGGAAAAAGUGUGUAAGUUUUUAGAGAAUUUAAAGGUUCCCGAUGGAUAUUCUUCUAACAGUUCUAAACGCAUAAACCUCGAUAAGCGUAAAAUUUAUGGUCUAAAGACCCAUGAUUGUUAUGUGCUUAUGGAACAACUAUUGCCACUUGCAAUUCGUGGGGUGUCCAUACCCAAAGUGUACGAUGUGAUAGUGAAGUUGAGUACAUUUUUCAAGGAACUCAUCACUUCAGUAAAGACUUGUUUUUAUUCUAUACGUGUAAACAGAAAACGAUGAAGAAAUUGGAGAAACAAGGGAGAAUAAUAACACCGCUGAGGGGGGCUAUGAUUAGGAAGGACGACAGAUUGGUCAACCACUUGAACUUAAAGAUGCAUCUUUGGAUACUGAACCAUUGAACGACAAGGAACUCAUGACUGUACCAGAGAAUGAGGACCUUAACAUUUCAUCAGGUGCUGCAAAAAAAAAGAGGAACGAUAUAUUGUAGAAAGCUUACCCUGUUACCUCCUGGGGAAAAACUGAAUGUGGAGUUUGACGAUGAUGGUGUGGCUAUUGGUGAUAAUGCUUCAUUAUUUUCUUUCUUCUUGGGUCAACAAGUUCGAAAUAAAGCUAUAUGUUCGGUACAAGUUAAAUGUUGGGACGAUUAUAAAUCUGAAACAUUAGACCAUUUGUGGGUUGCAUCACGGAGAAGUGGUCAUUUGAUGACCCUGAAAAUAGGCGGGAGUGUGUUAUGAAACAUGCACAACGUUUAUUCAGAGGUUCUAGGAGAAAAUUGAAAUCAAAUUACUUUAAUGAUAAAAACUUGAAAACAAAAGAAGAACGUCUCAAAAAUAAGCCUAGUCAUCUGACUAAAGUGGAAUGGAAGUUCUUGGUUGACUAUUGGAGUGAAGAGGCGGUUAUGGAGAAGAGCAAAAAAGCAAGUGAAAGUAGGGCACAUUUGAAGAUGUCUCACUAUAAUGGCACUAAAAGCUUCGGUCGCACUAGACAAGAAAUAAGGAAGAAGAAUGGCGGGAAGUGUUCUCGAGUUGAUGUAUUGGUUGCAACUCGUACAAGAAAAUCUGAGAAGGCUGUGAAUGCAAUCAAUUUGGCAAAUAAAACUCAUGUAGUAGAUGAGAUAAACAAAUUAAAGGAACAAAGAGAGCAAGGUCUUAAUGAGAAAACAGAUGAGCAAAUUAUUCAGGAUGUGCGUGGCAAAGAUACACAUGGGUAUUUGAAAGCAUAUGGACCUGGUAGAAGUAUUAUGCAACAUUUUAAAGUAAAGCCCUCUCGAAUUGAUCUUACUCAAGAGGUGAAUGAAGUUAAAAAGAAAGCAGAUCAAGCAAUUGAAGAUGCAAGAAAAGAAGCUGAAAAUGCUAGAACAGAAGCAGAAUAAGCUAAAUUAGAAGCUGAACAAGCCAAAAAAGAGGCGAAAGCUGUUAAGAAUGACGUGGAAAGAAAAAUUACUGAUAAUAAUGCAGUUUGGGAGAAGAAGUUUAGUCAACUUCUGGAUUUUCUUGGAGCAGGAAGUUCAUCAGAUUCUGAUGAUUCAGGAUGUCAAGGUUCAAGGUUCAAAGGAAUGAAGUAACAAGGAGCGAAGCACAGACGGAUUGUCACAUGGUAUAUAUAAAGCAUAUAUUGUUCUUUAGCAACAUGAUUUGAGUGUUCUUUUUUUUUUUUUUUUUUUUUUUUUGGGUAAGAGUGAGCUAGUGAUGAGACAAUGAGACAAUUAAUUUAUAGUAUGUUUGUAUGUAUGGGUAUCAAACUCAAGUAUGUUUGAAUGUACUAGACUCCAAGACAUUAAUAUGAUUUUUUUAAAUGUUAUGUAUCUAUUUCAGCAAUGACAAAUAUGACAUAUUUGAGAAAAACUCCAUCUGUAAUAUUCAGUUAUGCUUAUAUCAUAGAUAAUGCUGCAACAAAUUAAAGCUUA